AUGUUUGACCUGUCGAAGCGUCCCAAGGCCGCCUGGACCGAGGCGACGCCGUACCUCAUCUACUGCGCCAUCGCGUUCGCUUUCGGCAACCUGCUCUUCGGCAUCGACACGGGCUCGUUUGGGUCUAUCCAGGCGCUCCCGUCCUUCCUCAACGCGUACGCGCCGCUCGGUGCGAAUGGCAAGCGCGCCUUCUCCACCGUGGACAAGUCGACGAUGAACUCGGUCGUGUGGCCCGGCAAGAUCUUUGGCACCUUCAUGUUCGAGCCGCUCGCCGAGCGCCUCGGUUACAAGAAGACGAUGUACAUCGUGGCCUUUGUGCAGUUUAUCGCCCUCAUCGUCCAGAUGACCGCCAAAGACUGGAAGGUGUUCACGGGCGGGCGCGUCAUUGCCUACGCUGCCGUCGGCGUGGUGGAGAAUGCCGCGCCUUCAUACAUCUCUGAAGUGGCGCCGGCCGGCAUGCGCGGUUUCUUCGGCGGCGCCAUGGUGGUCGUCGUCACCAUCGGCAACUUGUGGGGUGCGCUCAUGGGCCGCGCAUACGCCAACGAGCCCCGCAAGCUCGGGUAUCUCGUGUGUGUUGGCGUGCAGUUCAUUCCCGCCGUCCUCAUACUCUUCCUGGUGCCCUUCUGUGUUGAAUCCCCACGCUGGCUCCUGUCCAAAGGCCGGAACGAGGAGGCGAGCAAGAGCCUCGACCGCCUUCGCCCCCACGCUGAUGUCGCGGCGGGGCGCACGCUCGUCGAAAUCGAGGCCCUCCAGGAGGCUGUCGAGGUGCAGGAGUCGAUGGACCAAGGACGUUGGAUCGACCUUUUCCGCACAAAGGGCGGUCACUUGCGCCGCACUCUCGUCGCAUGCGGCAUCUUCUUCUUCCAGCAGACCGCCGGCAACCAGCUUGUCAACUCGUAUGGUCCCACGUUCUUCAAGAUCUACGGACUCGGCGACAUGGCGUUCACCUACAACACGAUGAUCACGGCGCUCGGCAUCCUCGGCGCCAUCGCCGGCGUCAUGCUGUGCGACGUCGUGGGCCGCCGCCCGCUCCUCAUCUUCGGUCUUGCUCUCGCGGCCGUGUUCAGCGCCGUCGUCGGUGGUCUCGGGACCAAGCCGAGUCUCAGCUCGUUCGACAUCCACAUGAUGGUCGCGAGCUUCGUCUUCGUCGUCGUCGGCAACAAGAUGGGCGUCAACGUCCUGUGCUACCUCAUCGCGUCCGAACUCGGCGGCACUCGCUUGCGCAAGAAAACCAUGGCGCUCUCCACCAGCUUCGACGUCGUCUCGGCCUUCGCCAUCACCUUCACCAUCCCCUACCUCCUCGGCAAGCCCGGCGCAAACCUUGCUGCCAAGGUCGGCUUUGUGUUCAUGGGCAUCUGUAUCGCAGGUGUCAUUUUCUGCUUCCUCUUUGUGCCCGAGCUCUCCGGACGCAGUCUCGAGGAGGUCGACGAGCUGUUCGAGCAAAAUCUCUGGGCGUGGCAGUUCAGAAACGCCAAGACCACCGGCGUGGGUGCGCGCAUCGCUGAGCUUGAGCGCGGAGGCGGAGCGCCGGUCAGAGACACCAAGCUGGACGAGGAGAUGGCGGUGGAGAAGGUGCAGGGGACUCGCAGGGAGAGUGCGUAA